AUGCUUGCCACACGACGAAUUCUACCGAAAAUCGUGGCGUCGACGACGGCGACGUCUUCUGGAAGUAUUCAGAAGAGAGACUACUUCACUCGACACGUUCCUGAGCCGAAAAUGCAAAUUCAUUUGCCGAAAUCGCAAGACAUGACAGUGGACUCCCUAGUACUCGGCGACAGUCAUCACGAUGAGAAGAAACCAGUGAUUCUGAUGGUUGGAUGGGCGGGAGCAAAUCCGAAGCAUAUUGAUAAAUAUAUCAAGAUUUAUAAUGAUGAGGGCUACCGCGUCGUCUCGCUUUGCCCUCCAUGCUAUCACUACAGUAUACCGAAUUCACGUGUCGGCUUCUACAUGUCUCCAUUAUUCAGAGCAAUCGAUGCGAAACCUGGAGAUUUCAGAUCUUUUGCACAGUGCCCAAUCGUUGUGCACUCGUUUUCAAUGAACGGUGUCCGUGGACUGAUUUCAUUUUGGAAAUGGACUGAAGCUGAAGAGAAACCACAGUUGAGAGACAGAAUUAAGGGAAUCAUUUUUGAUAGUGCGCCAUCCCGCCCGUACGGAAAACAAGACGCCACCGCAAUGGUCAUCUCCACGCCUCCAAUCGAUGCAUUGGAACGAUGGAUCAGUGAACAGACGAGAAUUUCACUCCUCACUUGGUAUCUCAAUUUGAGAGGCACUUUGCAAAUUCCACUGCUCGCAAUGAUUCCAUUCCUCCGUUCGUUCAUGUCAAUCUAUUAUUAUCUUCAAACACAUAUCACUCUUCCAAGAGAUCAAUUAUAUUUAUAUUCAAAAGCCGACACCAUGAUUAAGGCGAAACACGUCGAGAAGUUCAUCAACAAACAAAAAGAAAAGGGCAAUUCGGUGACAUCCAUUGAUUUCGUCGACUCGGAACACGUGGCACACAUUCGAACUCAUCCCGAAGAGUACCGUACCGCCUGUCUUCAAUUCGUGAGACACGUCGAGGCGACUUAUAAAUAA